UGUGUUUUCUAUAGACGUCUUUUCUGGGAAACUCGCGUAAAUUUGAGAACAAUAUCUUCACCUGCGCUGCAUGCUGUAUGCCUGCAUUGGACACGUCUUGUGCAAAAUUAUGUCACUAGAUACAACUGGAGAAUUUUGAGCAAAUCUGAAGGAAAACCGAGCAAUUUUCUGGGUGUAAAAGUGUCGCCCACCUACUUCCCCGGGGCUCCGUGUGUGGACAGAUACAGAUACGUGACCGUGAUACUGCGCAGUUGCUUGCCGUUGAAAUUGCAGACUUGACGGCAGAGAUAUGGACUCGUGUGUGGCCCCUUGUAGUUGUACGUGGGAACUCGAUGAGUGGCCAGCUAACUGAAGCUGAAGACUUUUCAUUACCCUUCGAGUCUUUGGAUCAGCACGUCUCAUCGAAGGAAGUUGUACGCGACUGGGACAAGUGAUAUCCACAACAAAAAAGUGUAGUGAUAUAUCACCGGUCGGUGUCAACAGGCUGAGAGUAGAUUGCAUUAGAAGCAACGACUCGCAUAUCCUAGACGUCAGCACGCGGACAGCCAUGGCUCGGACAUCCUCUGCCAGGAUGAUACUAACUCUACUGAUGGUGAUAUGGGUAGAGGCUGGCAUAGCUGUUGCAUUUAAUGCCGAUGUCCAGCCCAUGGAUCCUAUCGUUCUGAAUGGGACUGAUCUGACACUAAACUGCACACUGGCCGGACCGCUGGACGGCCAGACGGCAUCGGACGUCAACUGGGUCGCCUGCACAUUUCCCAUGGGGGGAUGCGGUGCUGUCGCGGCCGAUCACAGCGUCGAGGUGGAAGGCAAUCGGACCUCCCUCUUACACCUGCGGACUCUUAGAAUGCCGCAAAAAGGCGAGAGGGAAGGGAUGACAUAUCGUUGCUGCUUUGACUGCGACGCACUGCCCAGCUACGGCACGUUGGUCAGAACAGCCACAAGAGUAUAUGUAGGAAUUCCUCCUUAUCCAGUUGAGAAUCUUCGCUGUCUCAGUCGUGACAAAGAGAAUUUCACGUGUUCCUGGGAGCGGGAACAGUACACCGGACUCGGUGUCAAGGCUACGUAUGUUCAGUACAAGCAGAGAAUAGGCGAUAAUGACUGGAGUGAGAUGAAACUCGAUCGAAAUGCACUCAGCUUCACUGGGCAAACAGCUAUGUACGAGAUGGAGAUACGUGUUACUCAAGAGAACCCUUUGGGUAACUCGACGACCAGCAUGGUUCACUUCGCCAGGGCUGAAGACACCAUUCCCAACCCCCCAGAAGGGGUGGAGCUUAGGUUCCUACCGGGGGAGAACGGUACCGUGGACAUGCAGGUAACCUGGGAGUUACCACGGCAGUGGUUGCCAAAGAAUCAGAAUUUACUGCAGUAUAAAGUUGAGUUCAAGAGCAGCAAGAUGGCCAAACCUACCACAGAGGACGUUUAUUUAUUCUACCUUCAAUUCACUGUUCGCGAGAUCGAACCUUACACCACCUACACGGCGAGGGUUAUCUGUAAACUGAACGGCGCUGGUAACUGGAGUGAAUGGUCUCCGUUAGUCACUGGGGUCUCGCCAGAAGCAGCGCCAACUGGAGAAGUUAACAAUCUGGGUCAAUCCGUGCUAGGUAUGAACCCGGAUCCUUACAAGCGAGACGUGCAGCUGACUUGGCAGCCUCCGAGUUCAGACCAACAAAAUGGUAUCAUCAGAGGGUAUCAGAUGUAUAUCUCGUCAGGUUCUCCACCAGACAUCGUCAACGUUUCCCUGGCCAACAACGUGUACGAACUAAGAGGUAUAGACAAGUUCCAGGAAUACGAUGUUCGAGUUGCUGCAUACACCACAGAGGGCGCUGUUGGACCCUUCACAGAACUCGUAAUUCCGGAUUUAACAAGAAUGCCGGCGAAAGCAGAGAACUUGGUGGCGGUUUCCGAGGCGUCGGACAGGAUCCUGGUCACAUGGGACAAACCGUCCAAUCCGCAGGGUGUGAUCCUGAGAUACACGGUGAAGUGGAAUGAGGUCGACCCUCUCGGCAUUGUAUACAUCAGUGAGGUUCGUGACCCAACAAAUCGCCGGUUCUUGAUUGAAGAACUACUUCCAUACAGAAAAUACAACGUCAUGGUUAUCGUCCACAACAAAGCUGGAGAAAGUCAAGCGGACAAAGAGCUCAAAACUCAGUUUUCUAGGCCGACUCUCCCAAGAAACCUGGGUCAUCGCAAGGCCUCCUCCACGGUGAUCGAUCUGUCCUGGGACCGACCGGAAUCCUUGAACGGACCGCUUCUCGGCUACGAGGUCCACUAUUGGCCCAGCGGAGACCCCUCCCACGGCAGCGUCAACAAAUCCGUCUCGGUGACCCAGGCCGUGCUCGACGUCAACUGCUCGGCGUUUCAGGAAGCCGUCCAGUUCACGUUUCAGGUUUUUGCCGUAACAGGAUUAGACGAAGGCCACAAGUUACUGGGACCUCCCACCCAGCUGGAGAAAGAAAUGUGUGGUGCGGACUAUCCUAUUACCUCCAUCAUGAUAGGCGUCCUCAUCAGCGCAUUCUCCAUCCUGUGUCUCAUCUUCUGCCUGUACACCUUUCGUCAGUCUUCUCUCAUGAAACCCUCUCCUGGCCCUCGCUUCAUAGAUGGCAUCCUAGAACACUCAAGUGACAAAUUCACGAGUCGCUUUCCAACCCGCCCUCAAGAAAAAGAAUACUUUGACGUCCUGAAGACCAGCGAAUCGGUCCACGAGCUGGUGGGCCAAAGGUCAAAUGUCACGUCCAACAAGAGCAGCCUGAGUUCCAGCUCGGGGUCAAGCGAUCAGGGAUUCCACGAUAUGCAGUCUGACGCCGAGCACUACAAUGUGGCCUUCGGGAGUGACCAUCGGAGGCCCAACGGUCAUUCGGAGCUGGACGUCGAGCGGGGACAGCGAGUGCUGUCCCCGACGGAAGAGCACCAUGAAGACGAGGUUCCUGUCUUCAGUUGUCCUGAAGAUGGCGAUGACAUCGUUGGUCCUGUGAACAGCUACCAGACGCAGACGCCAACUAGUCCACCAGCUAGUCCGGCGUCGGUCCAUAUACCCAUGGAUGACGGGAGAGGCGUCCAGUACACCUCCAGACGUGAAUCUACGGCGGGCAGGUCAGGAUCCUCAGCUUCACCGCAUCGAUUCUCCUCAGGCAGUGAAUCCGGCAGUAUGACCUAUCUCCAGUUGGGAGCUAAUCAACUGCCGUUGACGUCUCCGAAAGAAUCCAGGAGACAGGAUCCGGGGGAGGAAUCCGACACCAACUACAGUCAAAUGGCCAUGCAUGGUGCAGUCUCGGUCCAGACACCGCCAUACGAGUCGGUCUGGCCUUCGGAGUCGACUCCGGAGAAGUCCGACUCGCAUGACGGCGACCUGGACCCCGACUGGAUCAACGGCUUCCGCACCGAUCUGGGCUUCAACAACAACAGCAAGGAUAUACCAGACAUCCACGCCGCCGGAGCGUUCAAAGCGCCGCAGGAGAUCAUCGUAGCCACGGCCCUCUCACCGCAAACUCCCAACAGCUCCACCGCUCCCAGAGAAGUGAGUCCGCUGCUCCCAAAGUUAUCCUCCACCGAUAGCGACGAUUACAUCGAUGUCAUCGGCGGCAGUUGCUCACCGAGGGCCAACGCUUCACAUAUCUCUUCACCAUUGAUUAGUCCACGUAGUAAGACUGACGCUGGAUGUAUGGACUAUGUGCUGCAGUCAGAGUUGCCUCCGGCUAGUCCACAGGAAAGCUCGGUACUUUGAGGUAUUAUCUAUACCUACGGUAUUUAAAUAGGUUGAUUUGAAAGAAAGGGAGGGAAAAAAACAAAGUCUAGAGCAAACAAAAAGAAAACAAAAACAGUGAAUUCAAACAUACCUUCCUCAACACAACCGGGCCCAAUUUCACGGCGCUGCUAAGCACACGAUUUUCUGCUAACAGAGCCUUCAUCUAUCUAUUUCAUGUAGACAGUAAGCAUAAGCGCAGCAAAAGGCA